GGACAGAUGAAUUUGCAUUGUGUCACUGAGGAACGCAGACACAUUAAUAUCCCACUUAAAAGCUAUAGAACACAAAGAUGGUUCCUCCCCCACCUAUUAACAAGCCCCAUGUCUGCCUCUCCACUACACUCAUCAUGAGCAGCAUGGUGCUGAUGGAUGCCUAUCUGGUAGAACAGAACCAGGGCUCCAGGAAGCUGGGAAUCUGCAUCAUGGUAUCAGUGGGGGACAUCUGCUUCCUGGUCGUGCUCAGGUAUGUGGCAGUAUGGGUUGGGGCUGAGGUGAGGACCGCCAAGCGAGGCUAUGCCAUGAUCCUUUGGUUCCUGUACGUCUUUGUGCUGGAGAUCAAAGUCUACUUCAUCUACCAGAACUACAAAGCAGACCGUAAAAGCUUGGACCUCAUUGCCCGCAAGGCCUUGACACUCUUGCUGUCCAUCUGCAUCCCAGCCCUCUAUGUACUGCUAGUGGCCACCGAGCACAUGGAGUAUGUCAGGACGUUUAAGAAGAAGGAGGACUUGCGCAACCGUCUGUUCUGGGUCAUUGUUGACAUGCUGGAUGUGCUGGACAUCCAGGCCAAUCUCUGGGAGCCCCAGAAGAAAGGGCUGCCCAUCUGGGCCGAAGGUCUGAUGUUCUUCUACUGCUACAUCUUGCUCUUGGUCCUCCCUUGCGUCUCACUGUGUGAGAUUAGCAUGCAAGGGAUCAGCAUCGUGCCACACCGCAUGAUGCUCUACCCAAUGCUGAGUAUGCUCACCAUCAACAUCACCACCAUCUUCAUUAGGGGAAGCAACAUGGUCUUCUUCAGGGACAUCCGGGUCUCUGGUAUCUUCAUGGGAAAGAACGUCCUGGCCAUCGUACUCAAGGUGUGCAUGUUUGUGCAGUACAGGAAGCAUCUGCACUAUGUGCCAGCAGGAUCCGGCACAGCAGAGCCUCAGCACAACUUCACUUCUUCCCAGCCACAGCCUGUCAUGCAUCUACUGAAACCCCAGAACCAAACUCCCUGCCCUGAGGGGCUAGCCCAAGAGAACACAUGACAUGCUGUGUUCUUUGUGUGUG